AGAAAACAUUCUAACACCAAAAUGUUCGAAGCAAACACGUGAAAAAAUCAUCAUGUAAACAGCGAGCGAUGAGGGUAACAAAAUGCAGACAGUUCGAACAUCAGCGGAAAAUAAGUUCUGCGUUCCCCUCCUCUGCGAGGGCCCGGCUGGUUCAUUAAGAGACGACUAAUUGCUUACCUGCUACCUUUGCACUCCCACCAUGUCAUCCUUAAGUAGAUCUCGCACGACCCUCUCACCGGCUGCCUCGGAAAGAUCUACUCUUCCUAUGGGGGCCUCAGUGGAGCCCGGAAGCGAAGAUUUGACACCUCUAGAACCGACACGGGAGCAGCUUUUGGCACAUUUUUUCGAAAGAUUCAAAUUUUAUACGUCGCUCACCCUCGGCACCGUCGCUAUACUCGCUGUCUUCGCGUUCCUCUUCCUGAUCCCGUUCGUGGUUGAACCAGCGAUUCAAACGAUACUCGCUGAGUUUGUUCCGGAAGCUGGGAUAUGUGCUGUGUCAGAACACGUCUACGCCCAAACGAUGUCGAACUGCUCGUGGGCGUCAUGCAGAGAAGGCUGCACGACGACUCACACGAAAUGUCACAAAAUACGUGUCAAUUUGGCCCGAACUCCGUUCUCCGAUGAUGCUCCAAUACCGAAGGAGUGGGAUGAGGUGAAUUUGAAAUUCCUGAUCAAUCCGGAGGGGUGUGGAUAUCCACCUCGAGUGAACUGCUCAGAAUUCGCCCACGACUACGCGGGGAAGAAGGCGCCCAAGAUAUUUCCCUGCUACUAUAGCCUCACGCGUCCCGAUCUGGUGGUCGCGAGAUACUCCUGGGAAAGCACAAUCCGAGGACUCAUCCUGGCCCUGGUAUUACCGACGACCGUAUUCGUGUUUAGUCUGAGUGUGCUCGCCUAUUGGCACUGUCACUGCUGCGAUAGAGCAUGCAAUAGGCGUGUCCAUGCCGAGUCCUUCGCGAGUAAAGAAGAUAGCAAACUCCUGUGUGAGUUGGACGACGAUCCAAGCGACGACGUGUUCUGACGCCGCGCGCAAACGACCGCUCGCCGCCGCGCCUCGCCGCGAAAUGGCUACACGCAGCUCUGAGCCGCAGCCGCUGCGGAAACGCCGACCUAUCUAUAACCGCUGCGUUUUUCCGCUGCGUUUCUCCGCUUAUUUAAGCUUUAAAUUGCAUGACAUUCAAUUUUAUCUCCAGGUAGAAACAUAGUUCCAAUUUAUUAACUUCAUAGACUCCAUAGUGAUAAUAGAAAAUAGCAGACCAUUUUCAAAAAUAGUUACGAAUGCUAGAAAAUUAGAUAUCAUAUCAUAGAUAGUAAAAAAAAUAUUAAUCGAUCCAAAAAUGACUCGAAAUUAAAAAAACGGAUCUAAUGAAACUGAUACUUGAGUCUUUGGUCAGUUGAAAUCGUAAAUUUUGGACUUGAUCAGUAUUAAUCGUCGCGACGCUUGGGCAGAAAUUUCGAAAAAUGUGUAAAAAAACAAAGUACGUCUCUUUAUUCUAAAUUAGGACUAGGCCGGGUAGGUUAAGAUUUUUAAUAUAUUUGCUGUUGUUAUGCCGAUAUGAUAUUUAGACUAAAAAGCAUUAACACAAUAAAAAUUACAGUGAGAAAUAAAUUAAAGCCG